AUGGCACCUCCGCUUCCCCCUCACUCCGAGUCCCCCGCACGCGGGCGUCCCGAUGAAGACGACGAAGAGGAGGACUACAUGUCCAUGAUCAUCGAAGAGCCCCAGCAGAAGGAAACCUUUGCGCAAAAGAAGAAGCGCCAGCAACGUGAGGCCGAAGCGCGAGCCAAAGUCCCUUCCAAAGCCGAACGCGCCGCUCAAGAAGCUGCCCGUCGCGAUGCCGCCUUAUCAACCAGCACGCUCGACCCUUCCAACAAAGGGUUUCAAAUGAUGGCCAAGCUGGGAUUCAAGCCGGGCCAAGUACUCGGAAAACCUACCGCGCCAUCACAAGAUAGUGAGAAGGACACCAAGGAUCCCCAAGAUCGAAUUCGGUCUGAGCCCCUUAAUCUCAUCUUCAAGGAAGACCGAGGAGGAAUCGGUCUCGACUCGGAGCGAAAACGGAAGUUCCUCGAAGAAGCUGCGGAAGUAACCAAGAAGGUCAAGCAAGAAGAGGGCGAUUACCGCGACCGCGUCCGGUUGGAGCGCGAGACACGACGGCUCGAGGCCCAAUUCUAUGCGGGGCAGAAGGUGGCUGAGCGCUUAGAUGCGGAGGCCGAGGGGGAAGGGGAGAUAGAGCCACCACCAACUGAGACCAACGGAGAAGAGAAAGAGGAGCAAGAAUCGCAUGCGAUACCGGAUGUGGAAGGCGAAGAGCCACAGACAGAUACCUCCACAUCAACUACAAAGAAAGCUAAGAGGCCCGUCAAACCAACAUCUCAGAUCAACAUUCUCUACCGGGGGUUGGUGCGCGAGCGGCAAGAAAAGGAGCGCGCCGUGCAGACACGCCACAUGUUGCAGACAUCGCUGCCGUCAUCGUUCUUCCCGAACCCUCGAUUGCCGGGCUAUGAAGACUCGACGCUCGACCCUGAGGACCAUGAGGCGCUGGGAGGCCGCCGAGAGAUGUCCUCCAUUCUUGAACAGGAGCUAGAAGAAGAGGAUCCAGAACUGGAGGAAUUCAACGCGCUGGAGCCAGGCGAACGACUGGGCCGGCUGGUUCAAUAUUUGCGGGAAAAACACCACUACUGCUUCUGGUGCAAGUAUCGCUACGAGACCGCCGAGAUGGAAGGAUGUCCCGGCGUGACGGAGGAGGAUCAUGACUAA